AGAGACCGAAGAAUAUCGAAGGAGCCCUCGAUGCGUAGAGAAGUGGAAAAUAUUCAUGAAUAAUUAUACUAAUUGUACAACCCUCUUCUCACCCACCAGGUGGAGAACGGCGACCAGCUGGAGACCAUCACCAUGUCGCCGGGCAUGCACCAGAUGAUGAUCCAGGGCGGCCCCGGCCAGGAGCCGCAGCUGGUGCAGGUGGUCAGCCUGAAGGACGCCACCCUGCUGAGCAAGGCCAUGGAGGCCAUCAACUCCGGCAACGUGAAGUCCGAGGACACGAUCAUCAUGGAGCAAUAGCUGGAGCCCAUAGACGGCAUGAUCUCGCCCGGCCUGAGCGAGUGACCUGCCGUUUCCCCGGCCGGGCGUCGCAGCCCUCCCGACUGCUGACUGCUGACUGCCCGCACUGACCACUGCUACUGCCCAUCCCCAGUCAGGGUUCCUUUUGCCCCGCCAAGAGGAUUAGUUUUCCAAGUACCUGAAAGGUGUUGCUAACGGAGGGAGGAGCAAUGGGAACCCCUCGGACCCGGACUCGAACGCGAACUCGAACCCGCAUCAGACCCAACCAUCGACCAUCUAGUAGAUGACUACAUCUAGUCGCGCAUGUCUAGUCAAGAGAGCGUGCUCUGUAUAAAGCGAUCAAUCAGUCUAGUCUUCGCAUAGAGAAUUACCUUUAACUACUCGUAACACCCCUAAACCUAUGUCUUUUUUUUUUGAGUGCUGUUCUUUUUUUGCUCUAUAAAUAGUUCAAUUCUGGGCUCGAUACUCAUAGCUAUAAUAUAUCGUAACAUACAUAUGCCUAGGUCUAAGCAUUGUAAGCGUUAAUUGUACAACCCCCUCUAUAUGUAUGGUAUAUAUACUCGUGUAACGUUUGCAAUAAUUAACCCAUUGAAUACUUAACGAAACGAGAGAGCAGAGAUUACAAAUUAUACACUUUAGGACAACUGACGAUGGUGAAGGAGAAGCCCCUUGCAAUGUAAACAGAGAGCAUCACUUUAAACUUAAUUGAAUUACCUAAUUACUAACGAUAACGAGAAACCUAUGCAUAACUAUUGAAUAAACCAAAAGUGUACGACAA